UUGUUGCUCCUUUUUGGUGAAGUGACCGCAGAUCUUUUAACUCUUAUAAGAUAGCUUGACAACAGCUUGAGAAAGAUGAAGAAUUCAUGGAGCAGAAAAUGAGUCGGUUACAGUUAAUUGUAUGAGUUAAUUGUAUGCCGAAAACGAUUUAUUGAGCAGUUCCCGUUUUUAGACCGCGGGCUCAUUGUCUGUAGCGAGACUGUCUUGAGUGAUUCGCCGCAAGCUCUGUAAACAUUUGGCUCCUGCCUCUGGAAAUGGAUCGGCUCAGAGUCAUCGCAGUGGUCUCUGUAAUAGUUUGUCUCUGUUCCGGUUCGCCUUUACCGAACUUUGUCGUCCUGUUUGCGGAUGAUAUGGGCUUUGGGGAUUUGGGCUCGUACGGUCACCCGUCUUCACUAACACCCAACCUGGACAAAUUGGCCGCCAAAGGACUCCGUUUUACUGAUUUCUACGUUACCAGUCCUGUCUGCAGUCCCUCCAGGGCGUCGCUCCUGACUGGACGGUACCAGACCCGGUCAGGGAUUUACCCAGGGGUUCUGUACCCCGGGUCCAGAGGAGGCCUGCCCCUGAACGAAACAACUAUAGCAGAACUGCUGAAACCACUGGGUUACACCACAGCCAUGAUGGGCAAAUGGCACCUGGGUUUGGGUCCAAACGGCACCUUCCUGCCCACACACCAAGGGUUCGACCACUUCCUGGGCAUCCCCUACUCACAUGACAUGGGUCCCUGUCAGAAUCUCACCUGCUUUCCUCCGGACGUUCGGUGUUUUGGUCACUGUGACCAGGGUGUGGUGACUGUCCCUUUGAUGUAUGGUGAUGUCAUAAAACAGCAGCCUGUCGACUUCCUGAGGUUGGAGGAUUCCUACAGCCAGUUUGCCACAGAGUUCAUCAAAGCCUCAGCAAACCACCAGCAACCUUUCUUCCUUUACUACCCCUCACAUCACACUCACUACCCACAGUUUGCUGGUCACAGGGCUGCAGGGAAGUCUCUCCGUGGGCCAUUUGGAGAUUCUCUGCUGGAGUUGGAUUCCACUGUGGGCAGCAUCAUACACACUCUAGAACAGACAGGAACACUCAACAACACACUCGUUUUCUUCACUGCUGACAAUGGGCCAGAGCUGAUGCGUCGGUCUCGGGGGGGAAACGCCGGGCUUUUAAAAUGCGGUAAAGGGACAACCUAUGAAGGCGGGAUGAGGGAACCCGCUGUGGCUUACUGGCCAGGCACCAUCCAACCAGGUGUCACUCAUGCCCUGGCCAGCACUUUAGACCUCCUGCCCACCAUCGCCUCGUUGGCUGGGGCCCAGCUACCCAGCGUGCAUCUAGAUGGCGUGGAUAUGAGGAACAUCCUUUUUAAUAAAGGGCCAAGUGAGAGAAAAGCCAUGUUUUACUACCCCACCAGUCCCAGUGAGAAACUGGGGGUGUUUGCCGUGCGGACGGGGAGGUACAAAGCUCACUAUUACACAGAGGGGGCAGCCCAUAGUGAAACAACCCCAGAUCAUGACUGUCACAUAACGGCCCUGCUGAAAAAACACGACCCUCCUCUGCUCUUUGACCUGGAAGCAGAUCCCUCAGAGAACUACAACCUGACCCCGGGCGACUUCCCUGAUUGGGCGUCUGUGCUACAAGAGAUCCAGGCGCUGAAGGAGGAGUUUGAGGCCUCCAUGGUGUUUGGAGAGAGUCAGAUGGCGAGAGGAAGUGACCCCAGACUGGAACCUUGCUGCACACCGCAGUGCUCCCCCAAACCGGACUGCUGCCGAUGUGGAUAGGGCCCCUGAGAGAGAGAUUAACACUGAGGCGGAGAUGAUCCAGCGCUAAUCCAGACUAAAGUUAAACCAGCAGAUUUGAGAGUGCCUGUGUCAGAGACUAAACCAGUUGAGGGAAUCUUUAUUCAUUUGAUAUUAAAACCUGAUCGUGUGAUUGAUAACCUGCGAAUGUUUGAGUUUACCCAUGAAGAAACAGCCAGCAUAGGUAGCAUCUGCUUCAAUGGCAUUAUGAAGACGGAAUGCUAUGACUGUCAAGGAUCCGAUAACCUCAAGCACAGCUGAGAGGGAUAAUCUAAGGUUCUAAAUGAAGAGUCCACCGCACCAGGAGCUGAAGAUUCUGUUUGAACUGUGUCGUGAUUCCAUAGAUUCCUCUAUGACAUUUAAAAUGGCCAGACGUUUCAUACUGGUUUCCAUUGCUAUGAUGACAGGUUCCCAGUCAGUGAAGUGAGUAUUGCAGUGUUUGUGGUACCUGGGCAUUGACUUCCGGAUCGUGGCUGUGGAAUAGAGUCAGAGACAGACUCUGUGACUGUGCUUGAGUAGAGGAGUCAUUAGAAGAAGAGGAGAAAGCUUGUCUCAUCUUCUGCUGUUUGAUCUGAGAGCUUUAAUCAGAUGAUAAUGAAGGGAAUAUAUAGACUGCAAAUUUCCACAUGUGACGCAUUGUGUAAUCUGUACUGGUCAGAGUGAAUGUAGUUAUGGAAACUGGAAAAACAGCACCCUCUUGUGAUUACUUAGUGCACUGCGGGUAUUCAUGGGUGUUGACUUAUGUGUUAAUGUUCCAUACUACACUGAACUACACUUUGUUCAGGCUCUGAACAUUUUAAACUAGAAUAGCAACAACACUCAAUCAUGAAAAGAGACAUGAGAUGAUCACAGAUACAGUUUACAUGCUUCAAAAUCUAAUUCACAAUACUGUGAACUCACUCCCAAUUUUU